AUUUUUUUAACCAUCACCAAUAAUCGAAUCAUAUAUGAUGAAAAAAAAUUGUUUGGGGUUAAUACGUUGCCGAAAAAAUAUCAAGUUUUUCAUUAUUGAACUUUCAGUGUAUAAAACGAUCGAUUUGUUUUGUUUUGUCGAAAGUAUUUCUGGUUUCAUCACUUUUUUAUUAUCGAUGGAUAUCAAUGAUUAUGAUAAUCGAUCACUAAAUAUUCCAACAAAUAUGUCAAUGAUACGAACAACAUCCAAUAUCGAAUCGAAUAGAACUGGUGAUAAUGAUCAUCAUAAUUAUCAAAUGAUGAUAUUAUCCAGAUUAGAUCAAAUGGACAAACGUUUUAAUCAAAUGGACAAACGUUUUAAUCAAAUGGACAAACGUUUUGAUCGAAUUGAAACAAAAGUUGAUGAUUUUACAAAAAAAUUGGAUAAAAUCAUCGAACAUCAUCAUUCAUCGAAUUUUAAUGAAAACGAAAAAAAUCAAUCAAUCAAUAAUGAUGAUGAUUUGGAACAAUCAAUGAAUUCAUCAUCGAAUGUUAUUUCAUUUUCCGAUGAAGAAGAACUAGAACAAGAAGUUGAAGAAUGCAAUUCCAUCUUGUUAACAAGCGACGAUGAUUCAUCAAUCGUUUCGGAAAAUUUUUCUGUAGAUAAUAAUGAUAGUGGUCAUUCGGAAUUCAUAUUGGACAACAACAACGAUUCAUCAUUAUCAAAUCAUGAUUCAAAAUCAAUGAAAAUUAAUCAAAAAAAGAAGACGAUUACUAAUGAUAAUGAUGAUGCUAUCGAAAAACUUGCUUGUUCUAAAUGCUCAUUUGAAUUCGAUACACCACUACAAUUGUUACGUCAUCACCGAACACAUCGACCAAAUCGAAAACAUAUUUGUCAUAUUUGUGGUGAUAAACCAUAUGAAUGUAAACAAUGUCAUUAUGCAACUGCACGACAAUUCGAUUUAAAAAAACAUCGUCGUGUACAUUCAUCUGAUCGACCACACAAAUGCAAUCAAUGUGGAUAUCGAUAUUAUUCACAAAAAGAAUUCAAAAUUCAUAUUAAGCGUUGGCAUACUGCUAAUGAUAAACAAAAAAAACAUCAAUGUAAUAUUUGUUCAAAAGCAUUUACAUUGAAAUACAAUCUUCAACGCCAUAAACUUAUUCAUACAGAUGAAAGACCAUUCGGUUGUCAAUAUUGUCAUCAAAGAUUUCGUCGUAAAGAUUCACUUCAAAAUCAUAGCCUAAUGCAUACUACUAAUGAUGAUGAUAAUAAUGGACAAAACAAACAUCAAUGUAAUAUUUGUUCCAAAACAUUUGCAAAGAAUUUCAGUCUUGAACGCCAUAAACUUAUUCAUACAGAUAAAAGACCAUUCGGUUGUCAAUAUUGUCAUCGCAGAUUUCGUCUUAAACAUCAUCUUCAAAAUCAUAUUAAAAGUAAACAUUCAUAGUGAUCAAUCAAUUCGAUUGAUUUUUUGUAAUCAAAAUUCAAAGACAAAAAAAAAUUGAAAAUACUUUCUCAAGCUACUAAACAUUGACGAUAGUUGG